GAACAAGGCCCAGCAUGAACAAUCUUCAUCCGUUUUCAUUUACAUUCGUCCCUGGAGAGCACGAAAGCCAACACGAGCAAGAUGUCGUUCUGCCUUCCACUGAGCUGCAGGAGGACUGUCUUCCCCAGGACAAUGAGCAGCAUGGAUCACCAUGACACCGCCGAUCCAUUCUCCGACUACGACCAACCUGCUGGGUCCAUGGAUGGCGACGACAUGUCCUCUCUAAAAGAGCUCACCGAUGGCUUCUCCGAUGAACGCACCCUCGGUACCGGUGCCUACGGCAAAGUUUACAUGGGUGUACAUGAAUAUGGGAAGAAGAUUGCUGUCAAGAUGUUCCACGACGACACGCCAACACAUGUUGAUGGUGGUCAUGAGCAGUUUCAGAAGGUGUUCAGCAACCUUCAGAGGCUCCGACACCAGAACAUCGUGAAGAUGCUUGGGUACUGCUAUGAAACUCAGCAAAAACACAUGGAGUACGACAUGAGAAAAAUUUUGAGUGAAAAGACACAGAGAGCGCUCUGUUCCGAGUAUAUGCACAACGGAGACCUUGACAAGUAUCUUCUUUCUGAUAAAUACAAAGGAGAUACUUGGCAGACAUGCUACGCAAUAAUUAAGGGGAUUUGCAAGGGUUUGAAAUACCUUCACGAGGACUUGGAAUCUCCUAUUUAUCAUUUGGAUCUAAAGCCAUCCAAUGUGUUGCUGGAUGAGAAGUUUGUGCCGAAGCUUGCGGAUUACGGAUUGUCAAGGCUAUCUGGAGAUGAGCAGACACAAAUCAUGAAAUGUUCUAUGGGAACAAUUGGGUACGUGCCACCAGAAUACAUAGAUGAGAAUGUAAUCUCAAAUAAAUUCGACAUAUUCAGCUUGGGGGCUAUCAUCAUAAAGAUACUUGCAGGACCGACGAGCUACUCAAAACGUGCCGAGAUGUCCACCCAGCAAUUCGUUGAGCUUGUACAUGGAAAUUGGAGGGAUAAGCUCCAUGCUACAUCAACAUAUGCAUUGGAGGUAUAUUCUGAGCAAGUAAGGAGCUGCAUAGAAAUAGCUUUAAGUUGUGUAGAGGCUGACCAAUGCAAAAGGCCGAGCAUUGGAGAAAUCGUUGAUAAGUUAAUUCAGACGGAGACUGCGAUUAACAAAAUGACCCAAUCACCAGGAACAUCAAUGGAUCAGGUGUGGUCCUUUAUGACACAACUUUUUACUAUGCAUUUCAUCUAUUUCAUUUUCCCCGUCAAAUAAAAUUAAAAGCAUAAUUUAAACAUAUAGCUGGUGCAUCAUGUUGGGAUAUAUUAUGUAGAUGGGCUCCUGCUUGCUGGAUGCAUCUGGAAAGAUAGGAAGAGAGUUGUUAGGUGUCCAUCCCCUCCAGCUCCGAUUCCCCUUUGAACCGAACAAGUUGAUCCCCUGCCAACUUAAUCUAACGAACAACUCGGAUGAGUAUGUCGACUUUAGGUGUGUCCCAAAAAACCCCAAGAGUUUCUUGAAUGGACUGUCGCGGCUCCAUGGAAGCAUGCUGCCAAACACCAGUUGCAUAUACGUUGUAACGAUGGAAAAGCACCAGCAACCACCUGCAAACAUGGUCACUCUUGAUGUUAUCCUAGAGAGCUGGGUAGGAUAUAGAUACACGUGUGGGUGGGGCAUGGAUGACUACUUCUCUACGGGGUCACAAGAGGAUCUGAGCGGCUGUCCGGUGCAAAAGGUAACACUGAAGGCUGUUUGUGAGCCAGCAAGCAAGAUGAUGGCAUCUGAGGUUAGCCAUAUUGUUCUUCUAUAUGCAAAUUAACCAAUCUCAGCUUAAGAUGAUGCAUAUUCAAUUAUGUGAUAUUUCUUUGUUAUUUUCUUGUCUUGUCAACGGCCUGUUGGUGCUAUUCAUUACCUGACAGCCAAUCAAACCAAGAAUGAAAGUGAGGACUUAUUUUCUCCUACGUGUACAUAUUUCUUAAUUAUUUUCACUGGACUGUUUUAAGAAAACUAUUUGCUUAGGUCAUGUACUGCAGGGAUGGCACUUUGUCGGAAAUACUAUCGAUGGAUGUGCAUCCAACGAAGCCUUGGAUUUUGGCAGCUCAUGGAAGUGGGCAUGUAUCCAUUUGGAAC